AUGACCCAAACUGAUGAAAGACAACCAUUGCUGGAAAACCAGCGCGAUUCGGUGAAGACUGACAGUUCCACAAUCCCUGAUGGUGGGUUGGAAGCAUGGAGUCAAGUGAUAGGGUCAUUCUUCCUCAUGUUUAAUUGCUGGGGAAUCGUCAAUUGUUAUGGAGGCUUCCAGGCCUACUACAAAACAGUAUUAUUUCCUGAUGCCAGUCCAGCUGCCAUCUCUUGGAUUGGCUCGCUGCAGGCUUUUCUUCUAAUAUUCAUCUCCGUUCUGACGGGGCCCGCUUACGAUGCGGGAUAUUUUCGAGCCCUGAUCGUGACUGGGACGGUUCUGAUGGUCGUCGGCACGCUGAUGGUUAGCUUCUGCACGCAAUACUGGCAGCUACUACUGGCUCAGGCCAUCUGCACAGGACUUGGUGCUGGCUGCCUGUUUGUCCCCGGCGUGGCCAUCCUGAGCACCUAUUUCAAGAAGCAUGCCUCGUUAGCGACAGGAAUCGCUACAAGCGGCGGCAGUGUCGGAGGCAUUGUCUACUCUGUCCUUUUCAAGCGAUUUGAGCUCUCUUUAGGAUUCGCCAACUCAGUGCGACUCCUUGCUCUGAUCAUGCUUCUCACCCAAUCCAUCUCCCUGGUGACAAUGCGUGUACGCAUCAUCCCAGCAACCCGACGAGCGUACCUGCAGCUUUCUGCCUUCAAAGAAGCCCCCUAUGCUCUCUACAGCGGCGGUGUUCUCUUUGCCUUCAUGGGCAUGUAUAUCCCAUUCUUCUUCGUCCAGAACUAUGCCAUUGAACAUAGCAUUCUGCGAUCAGACACAGCCUCCUACGCACUGAUAACUCUCAAUCUGGCCUCCUUGCUAGGACGUAUCAUCCCCAAUAUCCUAGCCGACCAGACGGGCCCAUUCAACAUGCUCAUAGUAUGUAGCUUCACGACCUCACUCCUCGCGUUCUUGUGGAUUUGGGUCGACACAGUGGAAGGGUUGUUCGUCUUCUGCAGCCUGUAUGGAUUCUUCAGCGGCGCGUUUGUGUCUCUGUCGCCGACGACAUUGGUCAGUCUCUCACCUAAUCUGGGCGUGGUUGGCGUGCGUAUGGGGAUGAGUUUCGUGUUUGCAGCCACCGGCCUCCUCACUGGUACUCCCAGUGCAGGGGCCAUUCUGAAAGCAGCAGGAUGGCCGGCUUUGCAAACUUUCUGUGGAUGUUGUGUCGGAGUCGCGAUGGUGGGGAUGGUGGCUGCGCGAGUUUUCAAGGCCGGGCCAUCCCUCUUUGCUAAAGUAUAA